AAUGGAUGAGGCAGCCCAUGUGCUAAUACGACGUCGUUAUAGUGUUUUUUGAAUAACCCUGGCGCUCUUUGCCCUAAACUUGAGGUCGUGUUCGAUCUGCGCUUCGACUUAAGCCCUAGUGUCUCUUCAAUUUCAUCAGCAACAAUGAAGCUCGUUAGAUUUUUGAUGAAGCUGAACAACGAGACUGUCUCAAUUGAACUCAAAAACGGCACCGUUGUUCAUGGAACCAUUACAGGUGUGGAUGUUAGCAUGAACACACAUCUGAAGGCUGUCAAAAUUACGCUAAAAGGGAAGAAUCCAGUGACGCUGGAUCACCUGAGUGUGAGGGGUAACAACAUCCGUUAUUACAUCCUCCCUGACAGCUUAAAUCUUGAGACACUGCUGGUGGAAGAAACACCUAGGGUGAAGCCAAAGAAGCCAACAGCUGGAAAGCCUAUGGGACGUGGUCGUGGGCGCGGUCGUGGACGUGGACGUGGUCGAGGCCGCUAAAUGCAUUCCAGCUGCUCUUAUUUUUUGCAGUGUUGCCUAUGUAAACAUGUGUACGGAUGGAGAGAUUUGCUCUUAGUUUUUCCCAGUAGAAAAAAGAUGGAUCUCAUGCACAAUUUAUUAUGGAUCUUUGAAGUCAGGAGCAUGUUAUCUCGUUGCAUCAUAUUGUCUGCUAACAUUACUUUUGUAUCUGCCUUGUCAAGUUACUCAACUAAAUUGGUCACUUUAGCAUCUA